GUUCUUUCCAAUGCCAGGCCAUCGUCUUCAGCAACUGCUCGUCGAGCUCUCCGUGCUGCACGUGGCUACGCAACAGCGGACAAUGACAAUCAUAUGAUCGUCCGUGACGCCCUCAACGUAGCAAUGGAUGAGGAAAUGGCUCGAGAUGAAUCUGUGUUUAUUCUGGGUGAAGAGGUUGCUCGGUACAACGGUGCCUACAAGGUAACAAAAGGGCUCAUGGACAAGUUUGGCGAAAAGCGAGUCGUCGACACUCCUAUUACAGAGAUGGGCUUUGCUGGGCUGGCUGUCGGAGCCGCAAUGCAGGGUCUUCGACCAAUAUGCGAGUUCAUGACCUUCAACUUUGCUAUGCAAGCAAUUGAUCAAAUUGUCAACUCGGCCGGUAAAACAUACUACAUGUCUGGUGGCAAUGUCCCAUGCCCAGUCGUGUUCCGCGGUCCCAAUGGUGCUGCUGCCGGUGUUGGUGCACAACACUCCCAGGAUUACGCAGCUUGGUAUGGUUCAAUUCCCGGAUUGAAGGUUGUCAGUCCCUGGAGUUCUGAAGAUUGCAAAGGACUACUCAAGGCAGGAAACUUCUUUCUGACCCACUCUUCUUCCUCGGCAAUUCGAGACCCCAACCCUGUCGUCUUCCUCGAAAACGAAAUGAUGUACGGUGUCUCCUUCCCUAUGUCUCAAGAAGCAAUGUCGGACAACUUCCUCAUCCCCAUCGGAAAGUGCAAAGUUGAACGUGAGGGAAGCGACGUUACCAUUGUCGCUCACAGCAAGAUGGUUACACACAGUCUGGAGGCUGCUGACGCCCUUGCUAAGGAGGGUGUCAAAGCUGAAGUUAUCAACCUGAGGAGCAUUCGACCUCUUGAUAUCGACACCAUCAUCAAAUCUGUCAAGAAAACUAACCGAUUGGUUAUCGUUGAGGGCGGCUUCCCCGCCUUUGGCGUUGGUAGUGAAAUCUGUGCCCAGAUUGUGGAAAGUGAGGCAUUUGACUAUCUCGAUGCGCCAGUCGAGAGGGUCACUGGUGCUGACGUCCCCACGCCCUAUGCUACCAACCUCGAGGCACUUGCCUUCCCGGAUACACCCGUCAUCGUCAAGGUCGCAAAACGUGCACUGUACCGCACGAACUAAGGUUUACUCGUUGGAUUUGGCAGUUUUUUCUAGACAUUCAUUUACUGCGCUUACCGCCCCCUAGAUACUCUAAUAAACGGCGUAUACCACCCACUGA